CAGAACAGGUAACAUCCCUCGUGAGGCGCCCGGUGGGUGGGCUAUGUAUAUAUAUUGAGAGAGAGAGAGAGAGAGAGAGAGAUAGAGAGAGAGAGCCAUAGAAACCAAAGCAGGGAGGAGAGGAGUAGCAGCACCACCUAGCUUUCUCAUUCCUUCUAAAUAAGGGAUCUCGAGAGGUUCCUCCUAUUCCUCCUCCUCCUCCUCCUCCUCCUCUCUGUAGAGAGAGAAGAGAAGAGAAGAGAAGAGAAGAGAAGAGAAGAGAGAUGGUGCUCUUUGUUCUGGUACUCGGUUUGGCAUUGGGAAUCCUUGUGGUGUGCAGCGGAUUGCUGAGGUGGAAUGACGUGAGGUAUAGAAAGAAGGGCCUCCCUCCAGGGACCAUGGGGUGGCCUCUCUUCGGAGAGACUACGGAGUUUCUGAAGCAGGGGCCGAGCUUCAUGAAGAACCAGAGACUUAGGUAUGGAAGUCUCUUUAAAUCCCACAUAUUGGGGUGCCCAACAGUGGUAUGCAUGGAUCCGGAGGUGAACAGAUACAUUCUUAUGAACGAAGGGAAGGGAUUUGUUCCUGGGUAUCCACAAUCCAUGCUGGAUAUACUGGGGAAGAACAACAUAGCAGCAGUGCAUGGCCCUCUUCACAAGGCCAUGAGGGGUGCCAUGCUCGGCCUCAUCAAUCCCCCCAUGAUCAGAGACCAACUCCUCCCCAAGAUCGAUCACUUCAUGCGGCGCCACCUCAGCAACUGGAGUGGCAGGCUCAUCGACAUCCAAGAGAAAACCAAGGAGAUGGCUUUGCUUUCUGCUUUGAAGCAGAUAGCAAGCAUAGAAGCUGGCCCACUGUCUGAAGCCCUGAAGACGGAGUUAUUCAAACUUGUUAUCGGCACUCUCUCCUUGCCCAUCAACUUCCCAGGCACAAACUACCACAGCGGAUUCCAGGCGAGGAAGAAACUUGUGGGCAUGUUGAGGGAUAUAAUAGAGGAAAGGCGAGCCUCUCGGUGCCCUCACAAUGACAUGUUGGACUCCCUUUUGACGAUCGAUGAGAAUGCGAAACUGAAGCUCUCGGAUGAGCAAAUCAUUGACGUGAUCAUUGCCCUCGUGUAUUCCGGUUACGAAACUGUCUCUACAACUUCGAUGAUGGCUGUCAAGUACCUCUAUGACCAUCCGAAGGCUCUCGAAGAACUGAGGAAAGAGCAUUUGAGUAUUCGGAAGGGGAAAUCAUCUGAUGAUUGUGGAAUAGACUGGAACGACUACAAGUCUAUGAAUUUCACUCGCGCGGUGAUUUUCGAGACUCUAAGGAUAGCGACAGUUGUUAACGGAGUGCUUAGGAAAACAACCCAAGAUGUAGAAAUGAAGGGUUAUAUAAUUCCAAAAGGUUGGAGAAUUUACGUCUACACGCGAGAGAUCAACUAUGACCCCUACUUGUAUCCUGAUCCUUUAGCCUUCAAUCCAUGGAGAUGGCUGGACAAAAGCUUGGAAUCCCACCAACACUUCAUGAUGUUUGGUGGAGGAGGUAGGCUUUGCCCAGGGAAAGAACUGGGGACUGCGGAGAUUGCUACGUUCCUUCACUACUUUGUGACUAGAUACAGAUGGGAAGAAGUUGGAGGGGAUACUAUACUGAAAUUUCCAAGGGUAGAAGCUCCCAAUGGGCUCCAUAUCCGAGUUUCGGGGUACUGAGCCUGUAUUUUGAACACAAGAGAUAGGGAGAUUUACUAACAAAGAUAGGAACGAGAUUGCUUCUGUCUCUCUGCAGUUUGGCUGAAUGAAGGAUCAGAACUGCCCGUUUGGCCAGCAUGCUUAAUUAGCAUCUCGUUUACUAAAUAUGUCUGUUUGUAAAGAGAGUUCGUCGCAUGUGUCUAGAGAUAGAGAAUGAAAUAGGAUUACUAACAAGUGGUGGAGAGGAAAGGAAAUAUGAUGCUUUUUUGUACUCAGAAUUGGUUGAUCAAUGAGAGAAAGUAAGUAUCAUAUCA